UAUCUAUUAAUGACGUUUUCCUGCGACACGUCACUGAAUUCCAAAAGCGGUGCUGUGUCGAGAUCUACAACAGCUUUGAUCAAGGGUUCGGUGUCUUCAGAAUGGGUGGGUGGUUUUCCAGUCUCUUCUCUGGCCUGUUUGGCACCAGAGAGAUGAGGAUCCUGAUCCUGGGGUUGGACGGAGCCGGUAAAACGACCAUCCUGUACCGCCUGCAGGUCGGAGAGGUGGUCACCACCAUUCCAACGAUCGGCUUCAACGUGGAGACGGUGACGUACAGGAACCUGAAGUUCCAAGUGUGGGAUCUUGGUGGACAGACGAGUAUCAGGCCAUACUGGCGUUGUUAUUACUCCAACACAGAUGCUGUCAUCUACGUGGUGGACAGCAGUGACAGAGACAGGAUGGGCAUCUCUAAGUCUGAGCUUGUUGCCAUGCUGGAGGAAGAGGAGUUGAAGAAAGCCAUCCUGGUGGUGUUUGCAAACAAGCAGGACAUGGAGCAGGCCAUGACCCCGGCUGAGGUGGCCAACUCCCUGGGCCUCCCCGCCCUCAAAGACCGGAAGUGGCAGAUCUUCAAGACCUCCGCCACCAAGGGCACGGGCCUGGACGAGGCCAUGGAGUGGCUGGUGGAAGCCCUGAAGAACAGGCAGUAAUGACAGCCCACACCUCUUGUUCUCUGUAAAUACUCCCGACUUCCUGUAUAAAAUACUUCCUGAUUAGACCGCACAGGAGGACCAGUGACUGCACUCCUUCCAGGGGCACGUUCAGUACGCAAAUGUUGUAGAUAGAAAUGUCAUGAAGAGCUGACGUGAUUCCUUACUCUACAUGUUAGAUGUCACGUGUUUGUUCUACACAAUGCAUUUCUAUAUGAAGGUUCCACAACGUACCCUGCUGAACACAGCUCUGCCCCAUCCCUGAUGCCUGAAGCCUUCGCCAUGCAUAGCCCCUCCCUGCCUUCCAGCCUGGGAUAGAGGCACUGCAAUAUAGUAUACUACCUGGUCCCAAAAUACAGUUAUCACCCCAGCCCAUAGCCCUGUGGUGUUUGGAGAUCUGAAGGGAACCAGAUAGGUGUAGGUCAGACCAGGUAAUGUGGGGACGGCUCCACAUUAGCCAUCCAAUUGGAUGUGUGGCACACAUCAUUUAAAUAGAUUAUAUAGUAUCUAUGUUGUGGAGCUUCUGCCAUUUUUGGUGAACCCUUCCAGUUCCUUCUGAUCUGCAAACACCCAAGGGAAAGGGGUUGGUGUUGGCUCAGGCUCAAUUAACACAGUGGUAAAGAACUGACUGGCCCCUUCAAGGAAGAGGACCAGAGUGACAGACUGACCUAUGGCGAUGUUACUGCAGCUGGUGCCGUUUUUGUAUUGUACUAAUGCUGAAUCAUUCAUCUGUAUUUUUUUCGUACAUUUCUAAAACUUCUGUUGGGUGUGUAAAGUUUGGUUGUUAGUUUAGGGCUUUUCAUUGGAAUACUCAAACUUUAAUCAAACUGAUUUGGUGUAUAUGCCACUAGUCACUUAGUUGAACACUAACUGAUUCAUUUGUAUGCUACUUUUAUUGCAUAUUUAUGAGCUUGUACAGUGAAAAUUAUUUCACACUGAAUAUAUAAACCUUUGUCGUCAAAUUAUUAUAUAUAAUCUCCCUCUGAAGAUAAGCGUUAUUGUAAUAUUCAACAGGCCCACUGAUACUUUUCCAAUAACAAGAUUGUUUAAAGAAAGUA